AGGCUCCUCGCGGGGCCACCCCCACCCCCACCCCCUCCGCCCCGCUUGGAGACGGACCGCAGGCACCGGAGCCGUCCAAUGUAACAUGGAAACAUGUAGUUAGCUCGCGCAAUUUCGACAUCUUUUGAAGCCAAGGAGGCUCCGCCGCUACGUGGAACGUGAAGCAGCGAUGGGCGGCCGCGACGACGUGAUGCCGUACGUGGCCAACAAGCAGCACGACGAGGAGCUGAAGAAGAACAAGCUGAACGACCGGUGUGAGCACGAGUCGACGGGCAGCAACGCCAAGUGGCGCAAGGAGGGCCAGAACCAGCUGCGCAAGGUGAGCGAGAACCAGCAGGAGCAGGACCACAACUGCAACAUCAGUCACAAUGGCAACCUGGACGGGGAGCGCGAGGAGUCCCCGAAAGUAGCCGCCCGGGAGGAGGCCAACAACAUCCUCAAUGAGCCGCUCCUCAUCCACACCAUGGAGGACGACGAGGAGAAGGAGAGGAAUGAAGAGGACAAAGGGGAGAAGUCGGAGGAUGAGGCUCCGGAUCAAGAGGAGGCCCCGAGAGGAGGAGCAAGAGAGGGAGGCGCACCCGGCAGGAACGCGUGCCUCCUGUUCGCCAACGUCAACGGGGCGCCGAGCGACGACGAGGCCAAUUGGCCCGCCGGCGCUCAGGACAACGCUCCCGAUGCGUCAUCGCCCAACGGCAACAGAGACUCCUUCUGGGACUCCAGCGCCUUCGAGACGGACACGGACCUGCCGGCCGGCUGGAUGCGGGUGCGCGACACGUCGGGCACCUACUACUGGCACAUCCCCACCGGCACCACCCAGUGGGAGCCCCCCUCGCCCCUGGGGAAGGUGGACGACUCCGUGCUGUCCUCCACCAUGUCGCUGGAGACCACGCCGUGCGAGGAGCCCGAGGAAUCCUGGGCUCAGUUUUGCAGCACAGACGAAGGCGGCGCUGACGGAGAGCUGUGGAAGGAGGAAGCAGAAGUUGCGUCCGACCAAAGCCUGCGAGAAUUCGAGGGGGCGACUCUGCGCUAUGCUUCCAUCAACCUCAACUACAACUGCUCCCAGUCUGAAGAUGACGAGAAGCUGGUUCCACUCUGCACAGAUUUAGAGAGCAAGUGCUUCGCUGUGCGUUCCUUGGGCUGGGUGGAGAUGUCGGAGGAAGACAUGGCGCCGGGCAAGAGCAGCGUGGCGGUCAACAACUGCAUCCGGCAGCUGUCCUACCACAAGCACAACCUGCACGACACCGCCGGGAUCUGGGGAGAGGGCAAAGACAUGCUGAUGGUGCUGGAGAACGACACCAUGAACCUGAUCGAUCCGCUGGGACAGACGCUGCUUCACACGCAGCCCAUCGGCAGCAUCCGCGUUUGGGGCGUCGGCAGAGACAACGGCAGGGAUUUCGCCUACGUGGCUCGGGACAACCUGACGCAGGUCCUGAAGUGCCACGUGUUUCGUUGCGACUCUCCCGCCAAGAACAUCGCCACCACUUUGCACGAGAUGUGCUCCAAGAUAAUGAUGGAAAGGAAGGCGUCCAAGCCGGGCGUGAGUCGGCUCAGCUCGGACACGGGAAAACCUUUGUCUGUACAGGAGUUUCCAUCUCCCAAAAAUGAACUUUUCCAGCGCUUCCACGUGUAUUACCUUGGUUGUGAGCCUGUGCUGAAGCCCGUGGGUAUGGACGUGAUUAACGACGCGCUGGCGGCAGCCGUGGAGGGCACGGACAAGAGCGACUGGAUGCCAGUGUCUGUCAACGUGGCGCCCGCCACGCUCACCAUACUCGCAAAACAGACGGAAGAGGUGCUGUCGGAGUGCCGGGUGCGCUUCCUUUCCUUCAUGGGCGUGGGCAGGGACGUGCGCACCUUCGCCUUCAUCAUGGCCGACGGCCCGCGAGACUUCACCUGCCACAAGUUCUGGUGCGAGCCCAACGCCGCCAGCCUCAGCGAGGCCGUGCAGGCCGCCUGCAUGCUACGGUACCAGAAGUGUCUGGACGCCCGCCCGCCCAGCCUGGUCUCCUGCUUGCCCACCCCGCCCGCCGACUCUGUGGCCCGACGCGUCAAGAAGGGUGUGCAGAGUCUGCUGGGCAGCUUGAAGAGCUACAGGUCCGGCUCCCAGUCGCCUUGAGCCGCCCCACCAGGAAGGUCCAGUCACGUCGUCUCCACGUCACCCUCUUUUCCGUCACACUUAGACACUCGUCAUGUCGUGCUGUGGAGUAGCUCGUGGGGAAAAAGUGCAACGACUUUAUCGCAACCCCCCCCCCCCCCAUUUUUUUUUUAAACAUAGUAGAUGAAAUUCCAGCAUUAUUGGGAUUAUUUUAUGUGAAUCUUAACAAUUUUUGUGUUUUAACAGAAACUACACCUGGAAUGUUGGGACGUAAUGCUAAAAGCUCGAAUGAGCGUCACACACACUAAGUUGUUCCCUAUAACGCCUCAGUGCAAUGUCCGUCUAACAAGUGUAAAACAAAAAGCUCACGGUUAGCUCCGUCACAUAAGCGGCACAUGAACACGCGCAAUAUACGUGUCGUACAACUGAUGCGGUCGCUCCUCUCAGCAGUUUUUCAUCAUAACCGCCACCGUGUACAAUAGAAAUAAACAAAAUGAUUACAAAUAAACCACAGAGGAAAAAAAAAAAAAAAGUCCUUGUCAUGCACGUGCAAUGAAUGUGUUAAAUGAAUGAUGCGAUGGCGCCUCUCGCCAGUUAUUCGUGUUAAACGACGCCACCUUGCACAAUCGGAAUAAACGAAAUGAUAAAACAAAUGCAGCCAUCUCUCUCCUGUCUUUGUUGUGGCGCAAAGCGGCAUGGGGAGCUGGUUGCCUCUUGUUAGCAUUUUCAUUGUGAGUCCACCAGACGGCUUGAAAACGUUCAUUACCGCCAUCUUCAGGGACUUGAGCAAGGGCCAGAACUCGUGGAGCUCGCGUGAACCCCCGCCGUUUGUAGAUGAUGGCGGAGAAGAAUUGAGUAGCGUUGAACUCAUUUUCAUCUCGAGCCGCCAUGCUUUCCCUCAAGAGUGUCGAUAUGACUGUGAAAAUCAUAUAAAUAUGUAAUCACCUUUUAGUAUACCGUUUACACGAUUUCCCCCCAUAUUUGAUUAUUGUAUCGAAUUUUAACAUGUCAACUUGAAAUGCUUGUACUAUCUUGCAUCACAACUGAAGAAAAUGAGCCAUUUUUGGUCUACAUUUUCUAUCCAAAUGAAAAGGAACAAACCAAUGUCGCAAGAAAGAAACAUAGUGAUUGAUUUACUUUAGCGAAUAUGCGGGGGUUCACGCUACAUGGUUCAACGUACAAGCAUGGCCGUCUUUAGGCUCCGCUAAGUGUGCCACGUAACUAAACACACGCACACAAUGUACAUUAGUCUUCCAAAGAGUUUGUCCUCAUUCAUUCAUUGAUUGUCAUGCAAGUUGGAUGGCUCAAGUGCAAUAACGACCUCAUUAAAAAUGGCGACGAAAGAGCGAGUGAACAACACAGCCGUGUUGUGAGCGCACGCACACCUGCUCAGUAGUACUGUAGGAUGCAUGUUUACGUGUGGGAACCCUUCAGUAUGUCCUGUGCAUUCUUUGUGUACGUCACUGUGUGUGUAUAUAAUCCUAGACUAGCGGUAGAAAGCCAAUACAGAGCAGGUUUGUUUGUAUAUAAGACAAUUGCCCUAACUUCCACACACUAAAUUGUAUGAUUUGAGAAAAAAAAAAAAAAAAAAAAAAUUCCGUUUGUUUUUCUAUAAGGAACAAGUGAAUGCUCUCAUUGUUGACGUGUAUGUAGCACACUAGUGAUAGUCAAGGCUAACAGUUAAAAAAAAAACCAUGUAUACUGUAUAUAUUUCUUUAUUAGAAACACUAACCCACCCACGUCGAUCACGUAACCACCGCCCUCCUCGUCACGUUUUCCCACCGUGUCCACGUUGACGGCCAGCUAGCGGGAUUAAUUUAUUGUUUCUGCUCAUGUACAUUUUAGAUGUAAAAAAAAGAAAAUGGAAAAAAAAUUGGAUGUGUGUGUAUAUAUAAGAAGUCACCGCACAAUAAAUGUCAACGUAUCAUU